AUGACCAAAAGAAAUCUAAGCACUGUGACAGAGUUUAUUCUUAUAGGCUUCACAGAUCACCCUGAACUGGCAGUUCCUCUCUUCCUAGUGUUUCUCAACUCCUAUCUUGUCACUCUUCUGGGGAAUGUAGGCAUGAUUAUUCUAAUCCAAGUGGAUAUCCAACUCCACACCCCCAUGUACUUCUUUCUGAGCCACCUUGCCUUCCUGGAUGCCUGCUAUGCCUCAGUAAUCACCCCUCAGAUUCUGGCCACACUGGCCACAGACAAGUCGGUCAUCUCCUAUGGCCACUGUGCUGCACAGUUCUUUUUCUUCACAAUCUGUGCAGGCACGGAGUGUUACCUGCUGUCAGUGAUGGCCUAUGACCGCUUUGUUGCCAUUAGCAGUCCACUGCGCUACAACAUGACCAUGACUCCAGGUACAUGCAGGGUCUUAUUGGCCGUGGCCUACAUCUGUGGGGUGUCAGGGGCCAUUCUGCGUACCACGUGCACCUUCACCCUCUCCUUCUGUGGUGACAAUCAGAUCAACUUCUUCUUCUGUGACCUCCUACCCCUGAUGAAACUCGCCUGCAGCAGCAUGACACAAGCUGAAAUUGUCAUUCUAUUUUUUGCAAAAUUCAUGUUCCUAGCCAAUGUCAUGAUUAUCCUGAUCUCCUACAUGCUCAUUAUCAGAGCCAUUUUGAGGGUGGAGUCAGCAGGUGGGCGAGCCAAGGCCUUCUCCACCUGCACCUCCCAUCUCACCACUGUUGUCCUCUUCUUUGGGACACUUGCCUUCAUGUACCAGAGAAGUAACUCUGACAAAUCCUCAGAGGAAGACAAGAUAGUGUCUGUCUUUUACACUGUAAUCAUCCCUAUGUUGAACCCCUUGAUCUACAGUCUGAGAAACAAAGAUGUAAAAGUUGCAUUCAGAAAAGUCAUUGGCAAAUUCCAGUUUCCAAGGAAUGCAGCUUUCAGUGAGGGUCCUUCAUCGUGA